CUCUAUCUCUGGAUUUCUCACACACUCCUGUUAACCAAACACAACGCUUGCUCUCUCCACCCUGUGACACACAACUAGUCUUCUACUUCUCUGGUACAGGUUCAUUGCAGUGUAAAGAUGUGUUCCGUCUGUAGCUCAAAAUAUCUGCCUGCGGUCAUGAUUCUUCUGGCAGUAGUGAGCACGCUGGCCAACCUGCUCCUGCUUUUCCCUGGACUCAAUUAUAAAUACCUGUUGGAAAAUAAUAUUACUCCAGAGGCAACAUGGUGCACAGGAAUAUGGGCUGCUGGAUUUGUAGCGCUUGUGGCUAUUCGUGGGUUUGGAUCAAAUGAUACAAAAAAAGGAUGCUGUCAGUUCAGAGCAAAUAUGCUGUGCCGAGUAGCCUACGCAGUUGUGGCUUUGGUUUUUGCUGGCCUCUGUUUCCAGUUCAACAGUACAGGACUGACAAGAGGACCACUGUGUCUGCACAACGGAACUGAGGGUCUGAAGUGGGACAGACCCCUGAGACUUAUGAAUCUGGAUGCAAAAAGUUACCUGUAUGAGCCAGAGAGAUGGGCCUCCGCCUGUGAGGAGCCUCGUGAUGUUAUAGUGUGGAACAUUGUCCUGUUCGCUACCAUCAUGGCAGUCAAUGGACUUCAGGCUAUAUUCUGUGUUGUGCAGAUCCUCAGGGCUGUACAUGGUGCGAUAUUUGGACCUGGAAAGAACAAGGUUAUUCAUGCUUGAAGAACCCAAAGGACUGUUUUAAUCCCUGGAGUAGAUUGCAGGGCUCUCAAGUUUUGAAAACAGGCAAGUGUGACCUCUCCAACCUCCCAGCACCCUCCCAGCACCCUCACCCAGAUCUUACUCAGAUAGUGCUAUUUUCUGAUUGGCUAUUGUGUAGCCUCUUUUUCUGAUUGGCUGACGCGCUUGAUAAAUAUAUGAUAAAUAGUCAAGUUUUUCUGCUUGAGAAAUACGAUGUUUGGCGCUAGAGCGUGCCAAAGGAGUUUUUACACCUGGUCACUUCAUGCGUUUUCUGUGAUCCGAUAGCUAUCCGAUCGUAAAAAGACCAGGUGUAAAUGCCCUCCGAAACAUUUUCGAGACGGAAAUAAAUCCGUUCGUUCAAACCACUUCAGGAGGUGGUCUGGGACGCAUUUCAGAUGAAACUGGACAAGUGUAAAUGCAUGUGGUUGUUCAAGCUACAUAUGUCAGCGCUAUACUCCUCCCAAAUGGAAGUCGUACAUCACACCAGAAACAAAUAUGUUUUCCCACCAGACCAGUACUGGCUUCGAUCUUACACCCAGGUGUCUCGUUUGGUCUUAAAAUGCACUGCUGCUGCCAGCGAAAAUGCAGCAAACAGUAAAUGCUGUUUUUUGUACCAACCGCAUACACCAAAGCGUGUUCCAUUUCAAUUACCCCGGAA